AUGUCGGGAGUAAAUGACGAGCACACGCUGCUGUUCACUGCAGUUCUGACCAGGAAAAGACUUCUUAAGAAAUAUAUGAUUAUAGGAUGGGGUACUCCAUUACUGUUUGUGAUUCCCUGGACUGUUGCCAAAACUUUGUAUGAAAAUAAAAGCUGUUGGUUACAUAACAUCAGAUGGAUCUGGUGGAUAAUUAGAGGCCCAAUAACAUUAUCAGUGAUUGUCAUUUUUUGCAUUUUUCUUAAAAUCAUCCGACUUUUGCUGUCCAAGUUAAAGGCUGACCAGGUGAAGUUCACUGACUACAGAUACAGUCUAGCCAGAGCAACGCUUGUGUUGAUUCCUCUGCUCGGGGUCCAUGAAAUCGUCUUUACCUUAAUUAUAGACGAAUCAGUUGAGGGAAGCAGCCGCUACGCUCGAAACUUCGUCAAUCUGACCCUGAGCUCUUUCCAGGUCCAGGCUGAGCUGAAGAAGAGGUGGCAGCUGUUCAUUUCCUCCAAUCACUUUGAGGUGCACAACUGCUUUGCUGACAUUCACCCCAAACACCUGUGGAAGUGCUCACAAAAGAGACCCGGACAAACCACAGAACAGAGCGAAUCCAAUGAGGAGGGAAGCCACGCCCCCACACAGGGACAUCCGCUGCAGGUGGCCGUCCAAUCAGCAGAGGACGUGCCGUGUGGGCGGAGCUCCGAGUUUUACAUGAGGAAGAGCCUCUCCAGCAGCGACGGGGAAAUGACUUUAGGAGAGACGAUGGAGGAGAUCAUAGAGGAGAGUGAGUUUUAA